CUCAAUGCGGCGUCUAUGUAUAUAUGGUCUGACAAAGUGCCUCACUUCCGGCCUAAGGACAUGACGAGGUUGUAGCAUCACAGCUACAAAAACAAACACCACUAGGGUGAUGGGGCCAGACGGUCUCCCGGGUCCAGCUGUGCCCUGGCGAAAGGUGCUGUGGGAGCAGCAGCCGUUCCCUGAUAACUACGUGGACCAGCGUUUCCUGGAGGAGUUGCGGAGGAACGAGGGCAUCCGGCAGUACCGCUACUGGACUGUGGUCAAAGAAGCAGGCUUUGUGGGACAACAGCUGUCAUGUGUGGCCAUUUUUAUCACCCUCUGGCUCUACAUGGAGCAGGGUCUGCUGUCCCCGGAGAGCCUGCUGUGGCACAGUCUUGUCUGCACCCUGCUGGGUUAUGUGCUGUACCAAGCUCUGACGUCUCAUGACGAAUCAGGCUGUGAGCUCCGGACUCGUCUGGCUGAUUUACAGAGUGCUACUAUUUUUCUGUCCUUCACGUUUGGCUUCUCGCCAGUUCUGAAAACACUGACGGAGUCUGUGAGCACUGACACAGUGUACGCCAUGUCUGCUGUGAUGCUGCUGGCCCACCUGGUGUCAUUCCCUUACGCCCACCCUUCACCCCCCGGCAGCCUCUCCUUAAACGCAGCCCUGUUUGCCUCAGUGUGUCUGGCCUCAAGGUUACCUGGGGCUCUGCACACCUUCGCCAUGCUCAGCUGUGCCCUGCUGGUGUUUGCCCUGUGGCCCUGCCUGCUGCAGAGGUUGCGGGAGAACGCCCCUGGACAUUUUAACGCGCUGUGUGUGGGAGUGUGUGUCGGAGGGAUUUGCGGCCUGGGGUCCCAGUCGCCAGGGGGUGCCGUGCUCUUGGCCCUGGCUUUAGGGAGCGUUACAUUACUCUGUCCCCUGCUGCUAGUCAGGCUGCAGAGACACAAGGACAACAUCCAGGGACCCUGGGAUGAGGCUGAGAUUCAUGAGGACCUCAGCCACUUCCUUCACUAACAGAAGCACAUGGUGCUCCUGACUUCAGCUACAUUUGAGGUGUGAGCCAGCUGACAAUUUUAACGAAUUUACUGUCUGUGUGAUGUUGUUGCUUUACAACUAAAAUGACAAAUUAUUUUAUCAUCAGUCCACGUCCGUUUGAACAGCGAUGACUACUUGUUUUUUAAUGUUUGAGCUGCUAUUAUCUUUACGAGUGUUGACCUCCAGAGUUUGUAUGAAAGCUAUGAACUGAUGUGCAAUGCCGUCUUCUUACAUGACUGCACAUAUUCUGAUGCUAUGCACCAGUUUUUAAAUCAGUGAUGUUUUAAUAAUCUGUGGGUGCCGUGUUCAGUAUGUUGUCUGAAUGGAUGAAUGUUAAAAUUAAACAUUAGGAGCACAAAUGAAGAUUUUAAAGGGUUUUGCUAUUUAAUACUUGGGAUUCACAGAUGUACAUUUUUACCUUAACUAUGUGGAAAUAAAAACCCAGUGUAAGAA